GCGAACGAAAUUAUAACCUCAGAAAAACACAGAUUCUUAUGAAUCAGUGUUUAUCUCUGUUGUGGAUUCUAGCGCGUAUUUGGGUCAGUGGCGCUGCUGAAAUUCAUGCUAAUUCCAUCGUUAGUGAUUUAUACAAUUAGUUCCCGCAGUAAAGAUUUGUAUUCUUGAAGUUUUAAUGUCGGUGGCAGGGCAAAUCCCUAACCUCAAUUGUCACCAUGUUGAGCAACAAUUUUUUUAAACUGCUCCAUUCAAGACACACAUUGAGUUGCUUUCGGUUGAUCCAUCGAGUGGCCGUCCAAAUGGAUACCGCCUACUUGAGACACUGUCCAGACGGUGAACGUUUCGACAUCACUUUCGAGCUGAAGGACGAACGGCUGAACAGACAAUUCAACUUAUCGCGGAAAUUGUCUGAAACGGUGGACGCAUUCGUUGUCCGGGUGAAAGCCAACGUGGAUAAGGCUCUGUCCAAGAAGAAAAAGAAAAAAGAUGCCCCCGUCCAGCUGGCCACGGUGGCCCUCUUGCUGGACAAUCAGGAGGUGUCAAAGGACUGGACAUGUGAAAGGGUGUUUAGUGCAGGAGCCCCAGUGCAGCUGGCUAUUAACGAACGGACGUUCAAUGUAGUGAUUAAUGCGCCGUUAGUUGUCACCCUGAAUCUGGCUAGUUCGUUUUUGGCCACUUUCCCCACAUAUCCGGCCAAGUUCGAGUCUCUCUUCACUGAGCAGGAGAUCAGUGAGUUCGUGUGGUUCAAGUCCAAGGACGAGACUCAAUGGGAGCAAGUCGGUCAAGGUUUCAUCUACACGCCCAGCAACAGUGAUAUUGACUGCUAUUUGAAGUUGAGCUGCACGCCCAAAAAUCAUAGUUUAACUGGCCCCAUUUGCGAAACUGUUUCUUCUGGUAAAGUGGCGGCCAGCCCUGGCGAGUGCCCCUUUGAGAGGAGGCAGGCUUUUACCAAGGAGAAGCUCCAGGGAACUGAGUUCCGUGUGGUCAGCUACAACAUUCUGGCCGACUUGUACACAGACUCUGACUACACCAGGGAAGUGUUGUUUCCCUAUUGCCCUCCCUAUGCCUUGAGCAUUGAUUACAGAAAGCAGCUCUUCUUAAAGGAGAUUAUCGGCUACCACGCUGACAUUAUUUGUCUACAAGAAGUGGAUAGAAAAGUCUUCAAGUACGACUUGAAUACUGCGCUGAGCCACCUGGGCUAUGAGGGCGUUCUCCACACGAAAGGCACUGAAGUGGCUGAAGGAUUGGCAUUGUUCUACAACACCGCCCGAUUUAUCCUGCUGGAUUCCCAAAAGCUGCUGUUUUCAGAGGAAAUUCCCCGAAAUCCCGUGUUUGCCGAUAUUUGGGACCGAAUCAAAGAAAACCCCAAACUAUCUGAAAGGAUAUUGGCGAGAACAACUGCUCUGCAAGUGAACCUGCUGGGCGCUUUGGAGAGCGAUGAGCUGUUGGUUGUAGCAAACACUCAUUUGUUCUUCCACCCUGAUGCCGAUCAUAUCAGGCUGUUGCAUGGCUGUUUGGCUAUUCGGUAUUUGCAACACGUGGUCAGAACAGUGAAGGAGCGGUAUCCGGGAAAGCGAGUGUCCCUGAUUUUCUGCGGGGAUUUCAACAGUGUGCCGACCUGCGGAGUCUACCAGCUGUACACCACCGGAUCCAUUCCAGGCGAUGUUAUUGACUACAGCAGCAAUCCAGAAGAGGCGAUUUGCAACAUCAACAUGACGCAUCCCUUUAAACUAGCCAGCGCUUGCGGCACGCCAAAGUACACCAAUUUCACCGUGGCAUUUGCCGACUGUUUGGACUAUAUUUUCUACGAAACCGCCCAUCUUAAAGUGACUCAAGUGGUUCCGCUGCCCAGUGAGGAGGAAUUGCGCGCAAAUUCCGCUAUUCCCAGCACAGUGUUUCCUUCAGAUCACGUUGCUUUAGUGUCCGAUCUCAAGUGGCUUUAAAUCUAGGAAAUCUUUAGUUUCUCGACCGUGUUCCAGAUAAUAUUGAACUGACGAAAAUAAAAAUGCGCAGAGUGUAGGAAA